AUGGAUACGAUUAUUAUCAGCCCGGAGCUGCCUCCGAACGAUGUCUUACUCUUGCGGAACCUUGCCGAGGACAUCAAACAAUACCAAGAAAAUCGGUCCGGCCCGUCUAACAAAGACGCCGUCUCGACACCCGGCCAAGAGGCCGUUGAUGGAGCCCUUGGACAUGGCGCCCCGUCGUCUAGGGAUGAGCACGACCUAGCUCGCAUGAGAGCGCUUAACGAUCCGGCACACAAAGAGUUCGAGCCAACCAUAUUCUCUUCCGUGGACUUUCGAGAUUUAUCAUCACGACUGCACCCCGUGGUAUACCAGUACAUAUUGAAACCAUAUAUCAAAUGGGCUCAGGGCAUUGCGAGACAUCCCAGGUGCGUGGUCAUAGUUUGCGAUGUGAUUAUGGUUACUCACCUAAUCAUCUACUUCACCACUUCAGUCCCUAGCGCAAUAUGGCUCUUCUACCAUUUUACCUAUCUGCAUGGGAUUAUCCACGCUGCUAUGCAGUUUUACUACGUAGGCACAUAUACGUUGAUGAUGCACCAGCAUAUUCACGCAGGAGGCGUGCUACGUAAACAGUCUUGGGUCCAUCUGUUCGACAUAACAUUCCCGUAUAUUACCGACCCUUUGAUGGGCCACACAUUUAAUAGUUAUUAUUACCAUCAUGUUAAACACCGGUCAGUUUUCCAAGUCAUCCUCGAGGUUCCUUCGUAUCACGUUGAAGGUAACGGCCCUGACGACCUCUCCUCGACUGUCCGGUACCAGCGCGACAACAUCUGGCAUUUUCUCCACUACGUUGGACGUUUCUAUUUCUUGGUCUGGUUGGACUUACCCUUGUACUUCCUCCGGAAAGAUCGUCCUACGUUCGCACUGAAGGCAGCGUUUUGGGAGUUAUUUAGCUAUUCUAUGCUACUAACUCUAUUCCGGCUGAAUAGUCGUCCGGCGUUCUUCGUAUUCUUGCUCCCAUUCUUGUUGCUUCGCUUAGGACUCAUGGUGGGUAACUGGGGUCAGCACGCCCUCGUGGACGCCGACGAGCCUGACUCCGACUAUCGAUCCAGUAUUACCUUGAUAGAUGUUCCUAGCAAUAGAUAUUGCUUCAACGACGGGUAUCACACGUCGCAUCAUCUAAACCCUCUACGGCACUGGCGCGAACACCCCGUGCACUUCCUGGCCAACAAACAGACUUACAGCGCGGAACACGCGCUCGUCUUUCACAACAUAGACUACCUGGAGAUUACGUUGCGAUUGUUGCUCCACGAUUACGAGCAUCUGGCGCGGUGCAUGGUACCGAUUGGGGAGAAGCAGAUCGCCAUGAGUAUCGAGCAGCGUGCCGCCUUGCUCAAGCGCUGCACGCGACGCUUCACCGAGGAGGAGAUCAAGGAAAAGUUUGGGGCGCCUGUCAAGUUGGCCUCUAAGACUAAGUGA